GCACGGCCCCAGACGGCUCUUCCGCAUUGGGUUCCUUCCCCUCCCCACAAUGGUGUGACGUUAUUGCUGGUCAGUUCCGUGUUUACACACCCCGGGGAGGAAGAGAGGGAGAAGAGGGCAGACAGCCGGGAAAGGAAGGCUGGAGCAGGGGACACUGCGCCGCACCACAGUGACAGAGGUAGACAGACAACAAAGGCAGUGCCUGUUCUCCCUGUCCUCUCAUUGUGGGGGGACAUGCUGCGCUGUUAGUGAGGGAGGCUGGGGAUAUCAGGUGACCCAUCACCCUCCUCACACCAUCCACAUACACCGCUGAGCCUCGGCCCUGAGCGGGAUGUUUUCCCGAAGAAGUCAUGGAGACCUCAAGAAAUCUACACAGAAAGUUCUGGACCCAAAGAAGGACGUUCCCACCCGCCUCAAACACCUCCGAGCUGUGCUGGAUAUUCAGGAAUGGGGUGAACUGAAGCAAUUUUUUGAAGCGCACUAUUCUCAGAUUUAUUUUAUCUUCUAUGAAAAUUUCAUUACACUGGAAAGUAGCUUAAAAGUUAAAGGGAAUAAAUCUCAAAGGGAGGAGCUGGACUCCAUCCUAUUUCUUUUUGAAAAAAUUCUACAACUACUACCUGAAAGGAUUUACUACCGCUGGCAGUACCAUAGUAUAGGUUCCGUUUUAAAGAAGCUUUUACACACUGGAAAUUCCAUAAAGAUACGAUGUGAAGGAAUGCGGCUGUUUCUUCUCUGGCUUCAAGCACUGCAGACAAAUUGCGGAGAGGAGCAGGCGCUAAUUUUUGCAUGUCUUGUUCCCGGCUUUCCUGCCGUCAUGUCAUCUCGAGGUCCUUGCACACUGGAUACCCUCAUAAAUCCUACUUACAAUUUACCUGAUGGUAAAGUUUACCCCGAAGAGAUAACCCCUCUUUUGCCAGCUGUGUCUGGUGAGAAAACUCCUGAAGAUCAAAGCUGCUAUUUCUUACAGAUGUUGCUGAAAUACAUGGUAAUACAGGCUGCAAGUUUAUCAUGGAGAAAUAAAGAAAACCAAGACACAGGCUUUAGGUUUUUAUUUAAUCUGUUUAGAAAGUAUUAUCUUCAUCAUUUGUUUCCUUCAUUUACGAAGUUAACCAACCUUUAUAAGCCUGUACUUGAUAUUCCAGAUGUCAGACCAAAGCCAGUGUAUGUCACCUCAACUCGUAACAACGAAAACCACUAUGGCACAAAAAUCCCACACAUGGCAGCUAGAGUUGUGUUUAUUAGGUGGCUUGUCACUUUCUUUUUGGAAAAGAAAUAUGUAGCAUCUACUCAAAGCACUAAAAACGGAGGCGAAGUUCUGCCAAAACUUAUACAGACCGUAUCCAUGGUUAAUGUGAAUCAAGAAAAGAACCAAGAGAAGAACCCAGAAGCAGAACCCACAGGGGCCCCAGAACAAGAAAAGAACCACUCAAACAGCAGCACGUUGUCAGACCGAAGACUUAGUAACUCCAGCCUGUGCAGCAUAGAAGAGGAUCAGAAGGCUGUGUAUGACAUGGUGCAGAGAAUCUUUUUCUCUACACGGGGAUAUAUCAACUUCAUCAAUGAGGUCUUCCGGCAGGCGUUCCUGUUACCGGCCUGUGAUGUCUCUGCUACAAGGAAGGUUGUGAAGGUUUACAGGAAAUGGAUCCUACAAGAGAAGCCAAUUUUUAUGGAGGAGCCCUCAAAACCACCUGAAGUCCAUGUGGAUGUGCCAGUUUUUGAGUCUGCUGCAUCAGAGCCUGAUGGCAAACCGGUCCCAGAGCCGAGCGGGCACAAACGAUCGUCAAGCUGGGGGAGAACUUACUCUUUCACUAGCGCUGUGAGUCGGGGAUGCGUGUGUGAAGAUGAGAACAUGGACGUGAAGGCCGGGGAUCAAGCUGCUUUGCAGGUCUUCUUGACGAACUCGGCAAACGUCUUCUUGCUGGAGCCAUGUCCUGAGGUCCCGUUGCUGUUGGAGGAACAAGUGGAAGCCUGCAAAUCUGUUUUAAGUAUUUACAGGCGAAUGAUCAUGGACCUCGCAAUGGAUAAAAAGACUUGGGAGCAGAUGCUACAGAUACUGCUGAGAAUAACAGAAGCCGCUGUUCAGAAACCAAAGGAUCCCUCAAAAAAGGAUUUGUUUUCUCAGGAUCUUGCUGGUGUCUUAUUCCGGACACUAAUUGUAGCAUGGAUCAGAGCCAACCUGAGUGUUUUCAUAUCCCGAGAGCUGUGGGAUGAGCUGCUGACUGUCUUGUCUUCACUCACCGACUGGGAGGAACUUAUAAACGAGUGGUCCAAAAUCAUGGACUCUCUUACUGCUGUCCUCGCCAGAAUGGUCUAUGGGCUGGACAUGGCCAACUUACCUCUGGCCAAGCUCAGUGAGCAAAAGGAGAAGAAACAGAGGGGCAAAGGUGGCUAUCCAGAUCCUCAGAAGGGGGCUGCAGUAGGCAGAUCCUUUUCACUGAGUUGGAGAAAUCAUUCCGAUGCACAUGAGCCUAUGAGAUUCAGGAGCGCCACUACCUCUGGGGCCCCUGGUGUGGAGAAAGCAAGGAACAUGGUGCGGCAAAAAGCUACAGCCAAGCGAAGUCAGUCUAUCAGCAACUGUGUUCAUCUGUAUGAGACUUUGCCAGCAGCUAAAAGUGUUCCACACCUUCUUCACACUGUGAGCUCUCUUUUACCUGGUAUCUCUUAUGCUUCUUGCUCUCAGAAACUCUCAGAAGUGGAUGAGAUGCAACAGCCACCAGAUGGGACAACUAACUCUGAAUCAAGUGGUCCUGUUUGUAGUCAAGAGUCACAGGAACUAACUCGGUGUAGCAGUACCUCUGAUCUAGCAGAACAGACACAUCCCAAUUCACUGCAAGAAAACACUAAUGACUGCUCAUCAGAAUGUAACACUGCUUUAGAGCUGGGAGAGGGUACAAAGAGAGACAGCGAUGGUCCAUUGAUAAUGAUACGACGGAGCAGCAGCCCAGCAGAAUUAGAGUGGCAUACAGAUACCCAGCAAACCAAUGAAAGAAGUGUCGAUCUUGAAAGAGUUGAUAGUGUCGGCAGUGAUAUGACAAAUGGAUACAGCCGUGAUACAGAGAUGUAUCUGAUGCCUUGGCAAAAUUGUGACGAGGACCCUGAGAUUGCUACACCUACAGACGUGGCAAUUGAUCAAGAUGCAAGACAAUGGCUGCAGCUCAGUCCUGCCGAUGCUGCACCUCUUACAGACAGCAUUGAGUGCCUUGCUGGGGACUGUAGCAUCAUAGCCGGUGGUAAUCUGGCUGGCUGGCAUGCGGACUCUGCUGCGGUCCUGUGGAGGAGAAUCUUAGGAAUACUCGGAGACGUGAACAAUAUUCAGUCUGUGCAAAUUCAUGCAAAGGUGUUUGGCUACCUCUAUGAGCUGUGGUACAAGUUGGCAAAGAUUAGAGACAAUCUGUCAAUCAGUCUGGACAAUCAGUCUUCUCCUCCUCCUCCCAUUUUGAUCCCACCUCUCAGAAUGUUUGCAUCUUGGCUAUUUAAAGCUACCACCCUGCCAAGUGAAUACAAGGAGGGCAAACUACAUGCUUACAAGCUGAUCUGUGGUAUGAUGACAAGACGGCAAGAUGUUCUACCAAACUCCGAUGUCUUGGUUCAGUUUUACCUAGUUUUACACAAUGGCCUCAAUCAUGAAGAUCAAGAUAUUGUGAAUUCCGUCAUAAAGCACUGCUCGUCCAGUUUCUUUUUCCUCAGCUUGCCCGGCUUCACCAUGCUGAUAGGAGACUUUAUCACAGCUGCGGCCAAGGUUCUCAGUACAGACAUGUUAGAGGCACCACGAUUGGAAGCUCAGAUAAUUAUUGGGUCACUUGUGUGCUUCCCAAACACUUACAGAGAUCUCUCUUUACUGGAGGCUUCAGCUGGAUCAAAUGAUAUUGUCAUAGAAAACAAAGAUAUAAAGAGUUUCUUAGUUAACACUUUAUUGAAGAAUGCCAGAGAGGAGCCCAUCGAAGUUGCUAGGUGCAUUGCAAUCUGCUGUCUUGGAGUUUGGAUCUGUGAAGAGCUAGUAGAGAACACCAAUCACCCUCAGGUUAUAGAGGCCAUUAAUGUCAUUGGCGUAACACUAAAGUUCUCUAAUAAAACAGUUGCGCAGGUGGCCUGUGAUGUCCUUCAGCUGCUAGUUUCAUAUUGGCAAGAGCUCCAGAAUCCUAAGUUACCUCUCGCCAGGAAGAUCACUGAGAUUCUUGUGGCAACUAUUUCCUUCCUUCUGCCAAGUGCAGAAAAUUCCUCAGUGGAGACAGAUAAAAAGUUUAUAGUGUCCCUUCUGUUGUGCCUGUUAGACUGGUGCAUGGCCCUUCCCCUGCAGACAUUGCUGGAGCCAAUAUCUACAUUUCCACUUGAAGAGCCACAUCAACCUAAACCAUCCCUCCUUGAUUACAUUUACAGGGUUCUACAUUGUUGUGUGUGUGGCUCCAACACAUACACUCAGCAAAGCCAGUAUAUUUUAAGUCUAGCUGAUCUCUCCUCCAUAGACUAUGACCCAUUUCUACCUUUAGGGAAUGUAAAAAAUUCUGAGCCUCCACCUCCAUAUAGCGCCUCUGAUUUCAGCAAUCUCCUCACUGUGGCAGAAGAAAAGAAGAGGAGAAACAUGGAGCUCAUCCCUUUGACAGCCCGUAUGCUGAUGACGCAGCUUGUGAACCACUUGGGACACUUCCCACUCAGUGGUGGCCCUGCCAUUUUACACAGCUUGAUUAACGAGAAUCAGGAUAACCCCUAUGUGGAGGCAUUGGAGUUGUCAAAUGAUGUGUUCCGAAGUCCCAACUUGCAGCUUUUUGUAUUCAACGAUAGUGCUCUUAUUUCAUAUCUGCAAAUUCCUGCAGAAAAUUCUGUUGGAAGGGACACAACAGGAGUACCUGGCGAUGUGCGGAUAAUUGUCAGAGAUAUCUCAGGGAAAUACUCUUGGGAUGGUGGAAUCAUGUAUGGACCACUGGAAUGUCCUGGUGUUUUUUCAAAAGAAAGAAAACUGCAGACAACACAUCAGGUCUGUGAAUAUCGCAGCUUGUUUCAGUCAGAUCUAGUGGAAGGGGAAGGAGUGGAUGCCCUUGAUUCACUUUUGGAAAGACUCGGCACUGUAAGUCCAGAGUGCCUACAGCAUACGGAGCUGAAGCUGAAUGAACCUGCUUUACCUCCCGUUGGAAUGAGCCGUGAGCAGGAGAUGGAGAUCAUUGAGGCAAUCACAAGACAGAGUUCCAGUGAGGCUGAGCACAUUCAGAGGUGUAACUGUGACCCUGGUGUCAGAGUCUCAUGCCAGGAGGAACCCAGUACAGCUGAGCCACAGGCUCCAUUUUAUUUCUGUAGGCUUCUUCUGAAUGAUCUAGGCAUGCAUUCAUGGGAGAGAAGAAAAAAUUUCCACCUGUUGAAGAAAAACUCAAAGUUAUUACGAGAACUUAAAAAUCUGGAUUCCAGGCAGUGUCGGGAAACCCACAAGAUUGCUGUUUUUUACAUCGCUGAAGGACAGGAAGACAAGUGCUCCAUACUGUCUAACAGCACAGGAAGCAAGGCAUAUGAAGAUUUUGUAGCAGGACUUGGGUGGGAGGUUGACCUUUCCACACACUGUGGAUUUAUGGGUGGUCUACAGAGAAAUGGAAGCACUGGACAAACUGCACCGUACUAUGCUACCUCUACUGUUGAAGUUAUUUUCCAUGUGUCUACACGGAUGUUAUCUGACUCUGAUGAUUCUCUAACCAAAAAGCUUCGACACCUGGGAAAUGAUGAAGUUCACAUUGUGUGGUCUGAACAUACUAGAAACUAUCGAAGGGGCAUUAUACCUACCGACUUUGGUGAUGUUUUGAUCAUCAUUUACCCAAUGAAGAAUCGGAUGUAUUUUAUUGAAAUCAUGAAGAAACCAGAGGUGCCAUUUUUUGGUCCCCUUUUUGAUGGCGCUAUUGUAACAGAGAAGCUCCUACCCACACUUGUAUGUGCAACCUGCAUCAAUGCCAGCAGAGCAGUGAAGUCCCUUAUCCCUCUCUACCAGAGCUUCUAUGAAGAAAGGGCUCUGUACCUUGAAGCAAUAAUCCAGAACCACAGAGAAAUGAUGACUUUUGAAGACUUUGCUGCGCAAGUGUUUUCUCCAACUCCCAGUUAUUCCAUGGUUGGCUUGGGUCUCCCAUCAAGCACCAGUUCCGAUCUGUCAACAAAUACAGGAGCAGAGCCGGCGGAACCUACAUCUCCGACACUAACACGUGCCACCAAAAGCAAAGUCUCGGGAAAGCUUCGUCGCUCUGCCAGUGCUGUCAGCAAAUCUUCCAAUUGAAGCACUUUUUUUUUAUAUGAACUCUAGUACAGAGAUGUUUUUAAUCUAAAGAAAAAAAUAUUGAAAAUAUAUCUAUAUAUAUAUAAAUAUAACUUUGCACCUGUGAAUAGAACUUUUUAAGCCGUGCAAUGUUGUAAUGUGUGUCUAGCGGGGCAGGACCCCCGGGUAGGUUAUUAGUAAGUUAUCCACUAGGCACUAAGAUAUGAUGCAACCCUGGUUGUAACACUGAUGAUGGCAAGAGGAUUGUCUGACGAAGCGUAAUGAUGCAACAGCACCAAAUGACAAGGGACCACGUAACCGGCAUGCCAGAAUCACAACAAUCCCUGCAAGAGUCUUAAGUGACAUGGAUUUCAUUGCCUCAUUCUGAAGGCUGUUUGUGUAACACUUUCACUGCUGCAAUGUUUUCUGAUGCCAGGGAAGACGGCGUAGAGCAGUGGUGCACUGUGUGUCUUCAGAAGCGUAUGCAAGCUACAAUUACCUACCUGCUUGACAGACGUUCCAUGGAGAGCCUACUGCAACUUGCUCCCGUGGGAACAUGGCCUUAAAAUGUGAAUUUCUCCACAAUUUAUUUUAACAGCCUGAAAUAAUACAUCUUUAAAAACAGCUUGUUUUGUUAUAAUAAUGCUGUUUUCUUUUGGGUUCCUUUUGAGGCUGAUUUAUAAAAACUAGUGGUAUGUAAUACUAGAGUGAUGGCCAUUGCAGCCAAUUGGGGGCAUGCUUUUGUUUUCUAAUUUGCACUAGAAAAAAUGUCAGAGGGAAUCUGGUUGCAGUGAUCUGAGCAGGACAUCAAUUUCAUCAGGUGUGUGUAUGCAACAAUUUAGCUUUGUACACUUUUUCUGCCCUGGGCAUCCUGGAGCCCUCAGCCGAGGUUAGACGCACAUGCCAGAUACCCCAGUUUGACACUUUUGUGUAUGUGGCCCAUGUUUUUAUAAAUAUGCCCCUUUGAAUAAAUCUGAUGUACCUUGAUCCUUAAUAUGCCAUAGUUCAUACUUUAUUUUGAAAGGUUCAGGAUUAUUGUUGUACAGAUCCUUUUUAACUGUUUUAUUUCUGACCAACCUUUACCAGACGAAGAAGGCUUUUUUUCCCCCCUGAAGACUGAGGUGUUUUAAUGUUAAUGUUUAAUUGUUCUUGCUGUUGCCUUGUAUAUUUUUCCACGUCUGUGUAGUUGAUGCUACUUAUUUUCUGUGGUCUUUUCCUGAUAUUUAAAGUCAGUCAUUAUAAUUAGCAGUUAAGAAGUUUUUGCUGUGAUUUCCUUUAUGUUCCAAUAGAUGAAGUAGAGAAAAUGCACAAAAAAAUGCACAUGUGGGCACUUCUGUUUUUUGUUCCUUUUUUAUGUGUGUCAGUUGAUUUUUGCACUAAUUUGAUUGCUCAUUUAAAGAGUGCCUGUCACUCGUCAGCUGGAAGCAGCCAUCUUGAGGCUUGAUAAAACUUCCAGACAGUUUUCAUCUAAGAUUUUUUUAAAUGUGUGGAGCCCACAAAAUGAGGUCCUAUAGAAUGUGGGUAACAGGUUCACUUCAUUUUUUUUUAUAUAUUUUUUUUUUUUUGUUCAGGGUUGUACCAAUAAAGUUUUUGUGUAUAUAUAGAGUAUCUUAAUUACACUGAGAAUUUUCUUUUUUUUUUUACUUGUGCUAAGUGAACUUUAAGUAAAGAGUUGAAGUUGGACUCCAGUCAGCAACUGAAAAGCAUUAGGCAGUGUGUAUCCCCCAGGCUAUAUCAACAGAUGUCUUCACAGAGAUAGCCUGCUACUUUUCUAGGCCUUGCAAACAUUCAUUCUGCCUGAGCUUCUGUCUCCCGCCUGUGUGUGGCAAGUCGGCUUCAAAUUAAUAGUAAUUCUGUCAUUUGCAUAUCAGAGAUACGAUUGCAUUGGUUUAAUUAUUACUUGUAAUGGGGAAAUUGGGUUUUCUUACUCUCUAAUAAUGAAGGAUGUUUUUUUUACUGUUAAAAACCUUUAAAUUGCCUUUACUGUAAAAGCCUACAAAAUGACAUAAAUGAGAAAUUGAUAGAAAGACCUUCAAGUUAAUAUCUAUAGGAAAUACAUUAUGUCUAAUAGUGCAUUUGUUUUGGUACAACAUUUAUACUUGGCUUCACCUUCAUUGCAGACCUCUUUCUUUAACUACUAGUUGGCUGGUUGUCAUGUUGAGCCAGUGGCUUUACUACUUUCUGAGCUACAAACACAGAACAAGAAUGUUGUUUAGAAGUUCUGUCACUACUUUUUCAGGGGGAAGUGACUGAGUCUCUUGCUAGCCAUUCCCCUUAGCCUAUGUAUACUCUCCUUCCUCCAUCACAGCCACCACAAAAUAUCCUGAGCUUCAGGCUAUGGGGGGGGCGCAUGUGAUCUUCACCCAUAUUAUGGUCCUUGGAGUGUAAACUCCACUAUGAUCUGACACAAAGCUCAACCAAAGUAUUCUGUGAAGGCUGCAAUGAACAAAUGCAGUGGGAGAAUGUACUUGUGGCAGAGCCGGGCAGCUAGAAUUUUCAGAAGUAGGUCAGCAAUGGCCUUGAUAUUUCAGGUUUCCUUUCAGGCAGCUAUUUUUUGGGCUCAAUCAGAUGUGACCUAUCAUAAGUGUACCAGAGCCAAAUAAAACAAGGAUAUUUGUGGGCAUCUGAUAAAAAGCUUUGCAUGCACCACCAUUUCUUGUAACCCUUGAGGUGUAGUACAGUUUUUCUCACACAUCAGUCAUGUACAGCAGCUUCUAGAUUUUCCUUUAUUUAGAUAACUAGAGAAGUCUGUAGCUGUCAAUGAAACUUAAAGUAUUAAUGAUUGAUUAUAAAGUGUGUGUAGGCCUUCCUGAUGUACAUGGCAAGCACUCUAAUCUGCUUCUGAGUGAAUAAGGUCCCAGGCAGCUAUAAUACCAUGGCACAUCUGUUGUCUUAACUGAGCUAUUUCUCCACCCCUACCAACAGAUCAUUAAAGAUGAUGAUGUUGAUGUCGUAGAGGAGAAAGGUGAAAUACAGGAGAAGAAAAGACUGUAUCUUUGGGGAAAGUGUCAGCAAGAUAACGUAAUGUUUUACCAAAAAGUCCUUUGGUGACAUACUUUCCCCUUACUUAUGAUUAUCCCAUUAUUAUGUUUUGGUUUCAUCUACACUCAUGACUUGGCCUCUUUAGACCCCAUUCACACCUAGGCGUUUUUACGCCUGUAGCGCUACGCCGCUGCCGCCAGAGGGCUGAAAACUGA